AUGGACACCCUCGCCUAUGUGUGCAGGGAACGAAACGCUAACGCCGUGCGUUUCGAGGUGCCGCUUAUCUCCGUCAAGGCAAAUGCGUUUGGUGAUGAAGUGCCGGCGCUGAUGUCGUCUCAUCGCAGACUUCUCUGCAUGAACGUGAAACAACCUAACCGUCUUCGGGUUCUUUACCGCCAAGGAAAGUACGUCGAGGCGGAGGUGGGCGCGCCGGUGCUCCGCCACUUGGUCUCCUCGGAGGGCCACCUUGACUACUGCGCCUUCUUCGCUGUCGGUGGGGAGAGUGUGUCGCGUCUGAAGCCUGUGAAUUAUGCAAAUGGGGAGACCAAAAUCCUUUUGCAAGAGGUGAAUCUGCAGGAGGAGCUCUAUGGCGUCGCGGUGGGCAGUGGCGAAACCGCCUACGCGUUGGGCAAAGCGCACAUCUUUGAGGUGGACAUGGAGGCCGCCACCAAGAAGGCGACGAUGGAUCUUGCGUCGAAGACGCUUGUGAGGUACCCCGUGAUCGGCUACCACCACGAGGCGAAGCUGCUACUCGCCCCUGCGAAGCAAAACUGCCUCGACCUCAUCUCUACCGAUACCCGCAAGAGUAUUCUGCCAAAGGUAUGGGAACCCCAUGGGGGUUCUGUCCCAACAGCUGCCUUCUUUCUCCAGCGACGUGGUUUUGCAAAUGAGUCUGCCGGAAAUGUGUUUAUUGUCACGGCGACCUGUGGCAACACAGAACUUCGUCUCUGGUGCUACAAUAAGACGAAGCAGACUUUUUCACUUAUGCAGGAUCUAUGCAUUUCCGUUGAAACUGAUGCUGAUACUACAGAAGCCAAUAAAGAAGAAGAAUCAUUUUUAAUCAGUUGUACGGCAACAGAGGAAUACAUUACAUUGUGCUCCAAGCGUCAUUCGCUUGCGGUUGUAGUGGAAUUGCAUCGAAGCAACUUUAAGGUAGAUCGUGUCACAUCAUGGAAACUGCAGGGUCCUGCAAUUGCCAGUGUGGCGAUGGUGGGGAAGGUUGCGGAGUCGGCUCUCAGCGGCUCUGUAGCGUACCAGCUGAUGCUUGGAGUUCGUACCGCGAGCGGUUUCUUUGAAGAGGUCUUGGAUGUAGAAAAGCUCGUUGGCGCCUCUAACACAGCCACAAUGAAGCAAAAUUCUGUUGCCAAGUGGUUUCCGCAGCAUGAAACGGAGGGUAAUGUUAUAGCAGCGAAACUUCCAACGGCACUAACAGCCGUGUCUUCCUCUGUUCUAGGUGACAAGACGACGAAUGCGGUUUCACAGGCUAUGGCGUCAAGGAUAGUGCGUCAGCAGGCGUCUCAGUUCUGUGACAAAUUGCGUAGCAUUGAUGAGCGUGUCGUUGAUUUGCAGAAACGAGCUUCGGAGGCGAUGCGGCUCUUUCAGGAAACACGUGCAAGAGAGGAGGCGCAGACGAUUGGCCGCAAGUUUGCCACACGCAAUAAAGGAAGACUGGAGCUCUUGCAGCAGCAGCAACAAGAGCAACAAGAGCAAUCUCUCGCGGUUGAGUCUCCUGAAACCCUCAAUGCAUCCCAACAAGAAUUCUUGGAUCAAAUUCACGCCAUCCUGGAAGAGGUGGACCCUGGUGCAGCGGAGUCAGCAGAGAGCACCGUGAAGGCAGUUCUUACCCAACGCCUAAAGGAUGCAGUGGCAAAGGGCGCGAAGGAGGCGGAGCAGAUGGAUCUUGGGAUUGUGGUCCCAACUAUUCGCUCUACUGAUAGCAUGCGUGUGUUUAGUAACGGUACUGAUUCUGCCAUGCGGGUGCUUAUUCGUGCCAUCAAGGACCACCAUGCCUUGAUGCAGGCGCCCCUCAAGGCCUCCACCAACGCGUCUGCAGAAUGUAUUACCAAGGCUAGGGAAUUUGGGGCCUCGAUUAAGCAUGAGAUGAAGAAGCUCUCAGAGGAGCUUAACGAAACGAAAAACGCGGUGUCGCAAUUGAGCGUUGUGGCGGUGCCGGUGGCCCCAGACGUCCUCGUCUCAAGGGCUGUGGCAGCAGCUGAGGCAAAUGACUGGACCACUGCCUUUAAUAUUGCUUUGGCGGCAUCUGACAUCGCCGUUUUGUUGGGUUUCCUACAAAACGAGGUGUGCACUGAAAACAUGUCAACAAUCACUCGGCCGCAAGCUAUCUCUUUGACUGCCUUCCUGAGUUUGUGUCUGCAGUUGUCCUUUGAGCUGAAUUCGCAGCCGGAGCUCAUUCCGUUGCGCAUCCAAAUUAUGGAUGCCUUCUACGUGGAGUGGGACGAUGCAUUGAAAGAGAUCAAGCAAAAGGCGACAGAGGACGCCAGUGAGAAAAACUCUCUCUUUGAGCUCUCAAAACAAGAGCUUGGGCGUGUGUUGGAGCCGUUGAGUGGUGUAGAUGACAGCGUGAUCGACCGUCGCAGCCGCAAUCGCCUUCGUCUGCUAAGGAGGUUGAUCGGCUCCUUCCUUGCGUAA